AUGCCGGCGGUGGCUCGCGUUUUCAAAGAGCCCCCCUGCGAUUUUUGGUGUUUGAGCUCCCAUGAAUCGCUCCCUUUGCUGCCGCUAGAGCUCGAGGCGAUCGGACAGAGGCCGCUCGCUGCUUCGUCCCGUGAAUUAGAGCAUCAGUGGACCCAGAGCCUCAGCUGCUUCAAACUGGCCCUGAUCCACGAGCUGCUCUACGCUGUCUGGGAUCCGGCCAUUGGAGUGAUCUGUGGCCAAGAAGAACCAGGGCAAGGUGCAGAGCAACGUGAACCCAAGACCCAGGAGAGAGCUCAAGUACAGAAGAUGAGAGGGCUACUCUCUCCAAAGUCCCUGUUAACUCCAACCUUACUGCAGAACACGACCCUCCUGGAGCUGGUGAGCAGCUCCCGGGAGUUAUGGGAUAUCCUGGACAACCUGUCAGAGCGGGACCAGGCUCCACACCCCAGAGGACAAAGGGACUUGGGGCCAGCCUCAGGCAAGCUUAAAAAAAUUUUUGGCUGGGGAGAUUUCUAUUCCAAUAUCAAGACAGUGAAGUUGAACCUCUUGAUCACUGGAAAGGUCGUUGAUCACGGCAACGGCACAGUCAACGUCUUCUUCCGACACAACUCUACCGGGCAAGGGAACAUCUCCGUCAGCCUCGUCCCCCCCACCAAGGCAGUGGAGUUUGACCUGGAGCAACAGAUCUUCAUCGAGGCCAAAGAAUCCAAAAUCUUCAACUGCCGCGUGGAGUACGAGAAAGUGGAUCGUGCCAAGAAGACCACGCUCUGCACUUACGACCCAUCUAAGACCUGCUACCACGAGCACACCCAAAGUCACGUCUCCUGGGUCUGCUCAAAGCCCUUCAAAGUCAUCUGCAUCUACAUCACCUUCUACAGCAUAGACUACAGGCUGGUGCAGAAAGUGUGUCCCGACUACAACUAUCACAGCGACGUACCCUACUACCCCUCGGGAUGA